AUGGGAGGCGGGCGCGAGUCAUGGAGAGGUGGGCGCGAGCCAAUUGCCGACAGUCGCGCAGGAAAGGCAGCGAAGACGCGCAAGAAGAGCAGCGAAGGCGCGCGGGGAGGGCAGCGAGGGGUCUACGAGUCAACAGGCGAGUACGUGUCUGCGUUCCGGGGCGUCCGAUGGGUAGUGUUCAUACAGUUUCAAUUCCAGAUGAGGACACGCCGCUCUAGCGACGGUUUGUGGCGCGUCGCGUCCCAACAUGCGGAAGGCCUCGAGGACCUACAUCGUCCGGCGCUUACGAACAGCGGAAUUACCUCGUCCUCGCAGAGCUCAAAAAGCCUCACCGUUAGCGGCGCCGGAGGCGGUCGUCUACACCUUCCGCUUCGUCUGCACGCGCCGCCCCUUGUCGUCACCCUCUCGAUACGCAUCUCCAUCUUGUUAUCAUGUGCACAAAGGACGACCGCCUGUCGCUCCCCCUCACAAGUGACUUGCAAGUCUCUCGCGGGUGGUUCACGCUCCGCCCGCCGCUUCACGAGGCUCGCCUUCCCCGCAUUGAGGAAGCGUCAUCGGGCGGAAGCAUCAGGACGGCAGCGGAAGCUUUUUAGCGAGAAGAUAAUCGGGCUGGCGCACGGGCUGUUCGCUGCUGGGCCGAAAAGCUCUAGCAAUCAGCGCGAAGAUGACUCCACAACUUCAAGCAGGUACUCAAUACUUGAGCUACGCACUAUUUUCUUGCCUGGCGCUUUUGUGGCACCGACCGGCGACUGGUGA